CCUCAAAGAGGCUGGGGGGGCCCUGCCAGGGUGCUUCAGGGUGGGGCAUGGGAGAGGAUCUGGUGUGCACCGGGAUGGAGGCAGUUUUUGUCCUGGGAUGGAGGCAGUUUUUGUCCUGGGAUGGAGGCGGUUUUGUCCUGGGAUGGAGAUGUUUGAGGUCUGAAUGUCCUCCUGGGCUGUAGCCAAGUUGUGUGCUCAGCCCAGGGGGGCUGCUGGUGGUGAUGGUGGUGGUGGUGGUCAUGCAGCACCCCAGGACCUGCCUUGUCACUUCCUUGGCAAGUGGUGCUUUGCUUGUCCUUGACACUUUGACAACCGGCCAGGAGCUGGGUUUGGCUCUGCCCUAGGGCUCCCUCUCCCCUCCUGUGCCCCCUGCACUGGUUCUGUCCCCGAGCACCUGCAGGGGCUGUGCCUGGCUGCUGGGUGCUGUGGGCGCCCAGGCCACAGUGCCUGCCCAGGGCGGAGUUAUGCUAAUGGUGCUCCACAUCCCUCGGCGCAGCCGGUGCCACUCGCCAUCCUCUUGUGCCCACGGGUGAUGUCGGCUCUGCCAUGGCCACCUGCCCCGAGCUGCAGCCUGGACAAGAGGCCAUGGGGUGUGGGGGGGUCCUGGCUACCCGAGAAGACCCUGAGGAGCAGCAGGGUGUUCAGGGGGAAGGUCCCUGUCCCCUGGAGUGCCAGGAGCUGGCUGCUGUCCCCAAGCCACAAGUUAUAAAGCAUUUCCUGAAGGAGGACUCGGAGGAGGCUGAGCUGACCCAGCUCCUGCGGGAUUGCCCACCGGCCGACAGCCCCAGGAAGGUGGAGCCCCUGGAGAGCCGGCGGGAGCCCAGCCACCCCCUCUGCGGUGUGGGCAGGGUCCCCCCUGAUGAAGCCGCUGACGAGAGGGACGCCCGGAUCUUCUCCCGGUCUCGACCCUCGGAUUUUCAGCAGCACAUCGCCGCCCCUCCGCCCCCCAGCCCCAACCGCCCACGGAGCCCCUGGGGGCAGCUGGACCCCUAUGACUCCUCUGAGGAUGACAAGGAGUACGUGGGCUUCGCCACGCUGCCCAACCAGGUCCAUCGGAAGUCGGUGAAGAAGGGCUUUGAUUUCACCCUCAUGGUAGCAGGGGAAUCUGGGCUGGGCAAGUCCACCCUGGUCAACAGCCUCUUCCUGACGGACAUGUACAGAGACCGCAAGCUGCUGAACGCUGAAGAGCGCAUCACACAAACAGUGGAGAUCACCAAACACGUGGUGGACAUCGAGGAGAAGGGUGUCAAGCUGCGCCUGACCAUCGUGGACACGCCAGGCUUCGGUGAUGCCGUCAACAACACUGAGUGUUGGAAGCCAGUGGCUGACUACAUCGACCAGCAGUUUGAGCAGUAUUUCCGCGAUGAAAGUGGCCUCAACCGGAAGAACAUCCAGGACAACCGUGUCCACUGCUGCAUCUACUUCAUCUCGCCCUUCGGCCACGGCCUCCGGCCCCUGGACGUGGAGUUCAUGAGAGCCCUGCACCAGCGGGUGAACAUCGUGCCAGUGCUGGCCAAGGCUGACACCCUGACCCCCACCGAGGUGGAGCGCAUGAAGAACAAGAUCCGGGAGGAGAUCGACCACUAUGGCAUCCGCAUCUACCAGUUCCCUGAGUGCGACUCGGAUGAGGAUGAGGAGUUCAAGCUGCAGGACCAGGCGCUGAAGGAGAGCAUCCCCUUUGCCAUCAUUGGCAGCAACACGGUUGUGGAGGCCAAAGGGCGGCGUGUCCGUGGGCGCCUCUACCCCUGGGGCAUCGUGGAAGUGGAGAACCCAUCCCACUGCGACUUCGUGAAGCUGCGGACGAUGCUGGUGAGGACUCACAUGCAGGACCUGAAGGACGUGACGCGGGAAACCCACUAUGAGAACUACCGCACGCAGUGCAUCCAGAGCAUGACCCGCAUGGUGGUGAAGGAGAGGAACCGCAAAAGGCGGCAUCCCUCCGCGCUGAGGCUGUGCUGCACCGACUGCUCCACCGACUGAGCCAGGAUCCGGCUGGGGCCACGCUGGGCCCCUGCCACCCUCCUCCCCCUGCUUGUCCCCCUGGCCCCUAUAUAAAGCACUUGCUGGUACCCAACGCUGUCUUGGUCCUUCUGUGCCCGCGCAAGGGCCAGGCAGCUGCUCUUGGGGAGAGCUGGCCCCGUGGCCACCCACCUGUUGCCCACACAAGUUGCCCUUGGGGUGCCGGCAACACCAGCAGUGCCGGGAGGAUGCCGUGUGCCGGUGGCACGGCCCUGGAUCACCCAGGCAAGGUGGGGUUGGGGGGACAUGUCACUGCUUGGUGGCACCAAGCUUUUCCCAGCCAAAGGCUGCCCAAGGGAAGGGCUGCAGGGCGGCACCCCCAUCCUGCUGCCCUCCCAGAGGAUGUGAUUUUGGGGUACAGGAGGCAGCGGUAGGCAGGCCUGCUGCCUUUUCUAGGAAGGCAGUUUUUUCUGGGCUGGUGAAGCUGCUUGCUCCGUUGUUGGUGCCUGGCUCAAGUCUUGUCUUGCUGUCAAGGAUGGAAGGAGCUUGAUGUGCCCCAUCCUGGGUUCCCCCGUGGCGAGGAGCCGUGACAACGGGCAGGGACUUCCAAAGCAGCUCAAAAUGUGUCCAAACCCAUCCCUUCCCGUGGCAUGCUGGCACAGCCCC